GUACUUUGGAAAGGACAGGAAGGGAGAGAAAAGACGGUGGAGCAAAAACGGAUCUAGUCGGAGAGUCGCCGGAGAAUCUGUUUCAGAGGUAGGGACAUAAGUUUCUCCGAUCUCACUAGAUCGGUCGUUGCAUUGUAUCCGUUCGUCGUGUUUCAUGUUCUUCAGGAAGAAUCGAGGUGGUGGAUGGGGACAUGGCUGAGCCGGAGGAGACAGUAAACGGAGUGAAGGAGAAGAAGUUAUGGAAAGGUGUAUUUGCUGUUUCGGGCAUUAUGUCUACUCUUGUCAUCUAUGGUGUUCUUCAGGAGAAGAUAAUGAGAGUUCCUUAUGGACUGAACAAAGAGUUCUUUAAGUACUCUUUGUUUCUUGUUUUCUGCAACAGGCUCACUACAUCAGCUGUUUCUGCUGGUGCUUUAUUGGCAAGCAAGAAGGUUUUGGAUCCUGUAGCUCCGGUUUACAAAUAUUGCCUUAUUUCAGUGACUAACAUCUUAACCACAACAUGCCAAUAUGAGGCUCUCAAGUAUGUGAGCUUUCCGGUCCAAACCCUAGCUAAAUGUGCCAAAAUGAUACCAGUAAUGGUAUGGGGAACUCUCAUCAUGCAGAAAAAGUACAAGGGCUUUGACUAUCUAGUGGCUUUUCUGGUCACCCUGGGGUGCUCUGUUUUCAUUCUUUUCCCGGCAGGAGAUGAUGUUAGUCCGUACAAUAAGGGAAGGGAAAAUACUGUUUGGGGUGUUUCCCUAAUGGCUGGCUAUCUCGGGUUUGAUGGCUUUACAAGCACUUUCCAAGACAAACUCUUUAAAGGGUAUAAUAUGGAGAUACACAACCAAAUAUUCUACACAACACUUUGUUCUUGUGUUCUCAGUUUCUCUGGACUUAUACUGCAAGGCCAUUUACUACUAGCUGUAGAUUUUGUUUCUCGGCAUAGAGAUUGUUUAGUGGACAUCGCUCUCCUUUCCACAGUUGCAACAGCAAGCCAGUUCUUCAUUUCUUACACCAUUAGGACAUUUGGUGCUUUAACAUUUGCUGCAAUCAUGACAACGAGACAGCUUGCAAGCAUCAUGCUCUCAUGCAUUUGGUUCUCUCAUCCGCUUAGCUGGGAGCAAUGUAUCGGAUCGGUCAUUGUUUUCGGGUCUUUAUACGCUAAGAACUUACUGAACAACAACAAGAAAUCAGAAAAGCAACGGCCUCAGCCUCCAGAGCUUCCGCAGUAUGAAAAGCCUGAGGGCUCUUAAGACGCGAAUCUUUUCAACACCAGUCGAUAAAGAAUAGGAUUUUGAUAUUGUCAGUCGCUGCAUUUUUCAUUUUUUAUGUAUUUCAUUUUGUUGGAUCGCUUGUAGGAUUAUAUUAUAUAAUAUACAUAAUGCAUGUGUGUUUCGAUGACA